UCAAGUAUAUGUUAUGAUUAUUAUUUUUAUUGUGUGUCCCAUUUGUAAAUUUAAUUGUUGAAUUGAUCAGUUGCAUCGCAUCAUUAUAGUACGCUCUGGGCUCAACUGCCAGUGGCUGUUUAAAGAUGGCGCCGUAAAAGGCUGGUGUCAUCUUUACCAGUCAGAAUGACUGAUCCAGCUGUGAAGAGGGUGGUCAGUGAUAUAAUUCGGUCUCCAGAGGACAAAAGGGUUUACAGGGGCCUGGAGUUUACCAAUGGCUUGAAGGCAAUGCUCAUCAGCGAUCCAACUACAGACAAAUCCUCAGCUGCUUUGGAUGUCCACAUAGGUUCACUAUCAGACCCAGAGAACAUCUCAGGCCUGGCGCACUUUUGUGAGCACAUGCUGUUCCUGGGAACACAGAAGUAUCCUAAGGAGAAUGAAUACAGCCAGUUUCUCAGUGAACACGCAGGCAGCUCCAAUGCAUUUACCAGUGGGGAGCAUACCAACUAUUACUUUGAUGUGUCACAUGAGCACUUGCAAGGAGCUCUUGACAGGUUUGCACAGUUCUUCCUAUGCCCUCUGUUUGAUGAGAGCUGUAAGGACCGGGAGGUCAAUGCUGUGGACUCUGAGCAUGAAAAGAACCUGAUGAAUGAUGCCUGGAGGCUUUUUCAACUAGAGAAGGCCACAGGCAACCCAAACCACCCCUUCAGUAAAUUUGGAACAGGUAACAAAUUGACACUUGAGACCAGACCAUCUAAAGAUGGGAUCGACGUCCGUCAAGAGCUCCUGAAAUUUCACUCUACAUAUUACUCCUCUAACCUCAUGGGACUGUGUGUGUUAGGAAGAGAGUCGCUUGAUGAGCUGACGUCCAUGGUGGUAAAAUUAUUCGGUGAAGUUGAAAACAAGAAUGUGCCUGUCCCAGAAUUUCCUGAGCACCCUUUCCAGGAAGUGCACCUCAAACAAUUCUACAAAGUGGUCCCUAUCAAAGACAUAAGAAACUUGUAUGUGACGUUCCCCAUCCCAGACCUGCAGAAGUACUAUAAAUCUAACCCAGGACAUUAUCUGGGACACCUUAUUGGUCAUGAAGGACCUGGAAGUUUGUUGUCUGAGCUGAAAUCAAAAGGCUGGGUGAACACACUCGUUGGAGGGCAAAAAGAAGGAGCCAGAGGAUUCAUGUUCUUUAUAAUCAAUGUUGAUUUGACUGAGGAGGGUCUUUUGCACGUGGAGGACAUCAUCUUCCACAUGUUCCAGUACAUCCAGAAACUGCGCACUGAGGGGCCUCAAGAAUGGGUGUUUGAAGAGUGCAAAGAUUUAAGCAAAGUUGCCUUCAGGUUCAAGGACAAGGAGCGACCCCGUGGCUACACCUCCAAAGUGGCUGGUCUGCUUCAUUACUACCCUCUUGAAGAAGUCUUAGCAGCAGAGUACCUUCUGGAGGACUUCAGGCCAGAUCUGAUUGAGAUGGUGCUUAAUAAUCUGAGGCCAGAAAACGUGAGAGUUGCAGUGGUGUCCAAGUCAUUUGAGGGUCAAACAGACAGGACCGAGGAGUGGUACGGCACACAGUACAAACAGGAAGACAUCUCUGAGGAGACCAUCAAGAAAUGGGCAAAUGCAGACCUCAAUGGCAAGUUCAAAUUACCCAUGAGAAACGAGUUCAUCCCCACCAACUUUGAGAUCUACCCUCUGGAGAAAGACUCUCCUUCAGUUCCCACUUUAAUCAAGGACACAGCUAUGAGCAAGGUGUGGUUCAAGCAAGAUGACAAAUUCUUUCUUCCCAAGGCAUGCCUGAACUUUGAGUUCUUCAGCCCGUUUGCAUAUGUGGACCCAUUGCAUUGUAAUAUGGCAUAUUUGUACCUGGAGCUCCUCAAGGACUCCCUCAACGAGUAUGCAUAUGCAGCCGAGCUAGCUGGCUUGAACUAUGAUCUCCAAAAUACCGUCUAUGGGAUGUAUCUGUCUGUCAAAGGCUACAGUGAUAAACAGCACAUCCUGCUGAAGAAGAUCGUUGAGAAGAUGGCUACCUUUGAGAUCGAUGAGAAGCGCUUUGACAUCAUCAAGGAAGCUUACAUGAGGUCUCUGAAUAACUUCAGAGCCGAGCAGCCUCACCAGCACGCUAUGUACUACCUCCGUCUACUAAUGACUGAGGUCGCUUGGACCAAAGAUGAACUCAGAGAGGCCCUCGAUGAUGUAACUCUCCCACGCCUCAAGGCCUUCAUACCUCAGCUACUGUCACGGCUACAUAUUGAAGCCCUUCUCCAUGGCAACAUCACCAAAGAGUCUGCUCUUGGCAUGAUGCAAAUGGUGGAGGACACGCUCAUUGAGCAUGCUCACACAAAGCCCCUUCUACCGAGCCAGCUGAUUCGCUACAGAGAGGUGCAGGUUCCAGACGGUGGCUGGUAUGUUUACCAGCAAAGGAAUGAGGUUCACAACAACUGUGGUAUAGAGAUCUACUACCAGACAGACAUGCAGACCACCAAUGACAACAUGCUGCUGGAGCUGUUCUGCCAGAUCAUCUCUGAACCCUGCUUCAACACGCUGAGAACCAAAGAACAACUGGGUUACAUUGUGUUCAGUGGGCCCCGGCGGGCUAACGGGGUGCAAGGUCUGCGCUUUAUUAUCCAGUCAGAGAAGGCACCCCACUACCUGGAGAGCCGGGUGGAGGCCUUCCUCAGCACCAUGGAGAAGGCUGUGGAGGACAUGAGUGAAGAAGCCUUCCAGAAACACAUCCAGGCCUUGGCCAUCCGCCGCCUGGACAAACCUAAGAAGCUGUCUGCUGAGUGCGCCAAAUACUGGGGCGAGAUCAUCUCUCAGCAGUAUAAUUUCGACAGAGAUAACAUUGAAGUAGCACAUAUGAAGACGUUGACUAAAGAAGACAUAAUGCUUUUCUACAGAGAUCGGCUGACAGUCGAGGCCCCGAAGAGACACAAGGUGUCCGUGCAUGUCCUGUCCAGAGAGAUGGACUCCUGUCCAGUAGUGGGAGAGUUUCCUGCUCAGAAUGAUGUCAACUUGGCUCCUGCUCCUUCCCUGCCACAGCCCACGUUGGUUCAGGACAUGACGGAGUUUAAGAGAAGCCUGCCUCUGUUCCCUUUGCCCAAACCGCACAUCAACUUCAUGGCUGCUAAACUGUGAGCGAGACCUUCAGCAGCGGCGCGCGGUGGUGGGAGGGGCAUCAGCGAAAUGCCGCCCUGCUCUGUUUCCAACCUAACCACAUCCCUCCCACUUUACCCGCUCCUCCCACCUGGAAGAUGUUCAUCUAACUGAGCACGCAUGAGUGUGUUUGUUUGUGUGAGUGCAUGUGAAUGCGCGUGUAGCAGGCCGCAGCCACUAAAGGAGAUGCUUGGUAACAAAAAAAGAGUCACAAAGUUAUAAAGUGGUUGUUUAAAAUAGCUGUGAUAACGGUAGAGGUCUCACCUGACUCACCUCAUGUUAAGUCUCUGAAAGGAGACGCAGCACUCACAUGCUUCAAAGUACCGCGUCGGCUGUCGUAGAAGAAGUAGAACAUUUUUAAAAAAACGAGGGCCAAGAUCCCUUUACACAGGAGCUUCACAGUAGGAGGCGUUUUGUUUGAUUUCUUCAGAUGCUGCUUUGAGAUUGGGGUGUGUGUGAUGAAAUGGGGGGUGUUGUAGAGGUUUAGGUGAGGGUUUUAUUUCUUGGUUUGGUAUGUUUGCCAUGUAACUUCUGAAAACUUACUGAAAACGUUAUCACAGAAGACUCAAUCUGAGAAAGUUUUAUUCAGGCGUAUGCAUUUUUCAAAACCUUAUUAUGGUUUUAAUCCCUACUUGAUAUGAAAUGUUCUUGCCCGUAAACUGGUAAAAUGUUGGGAGCCUUUGAGGAGCUUUUUUCUUUCUUUUUUAAUCACUUAACAUACAAUCGUUCUCGUGAGUUAAAGGUUUUUAUCGCAUUUCACAGUAGUGUGUGAUUCAAGCACCUCAGGGGAAACUCCAUGCUGGUAUUAUUUUUAAAUAUUUUAUUGGUAAUAAAAAUGAAACACUCUACAUAAAUUUAGAUUUGUUCUUUGUUCACUUUAACAAAUAUGAUCCAGCAGCUGUGGUGAGCUCUGGGGAGAUUUAUUUACACUGUGCAUCUGGAUGCGAGACUCCCUGCAGCUUGUGCCUUUUUUAAAAUAAAAAGGGGGAGGGGGGGGCAGAGUUUUAGUUUGAAUACCGGUCUGACAUGAGGGAGGGGGCAGAAACCUGCAGGAUUUAACUGGUGGAUGUGCACUGGCUCAGAAAAAUUAUUGCAUUUUUUUCUGUUGAUGUCAAAAGGUUUUUUUUUUUUUUUUUUAAAUUGGUAUAGAAGCUCCAGUUUACUUUUUCCUGAAUAUAUGCAUUUCUCAUUAAGCAAUAAACUAAAUACUCUAGGAUGAACGUGGCUCUGCUGAGUAGCUGCAGCAGCUGGAUGGAGACAGACCGCUCAGAACCGACUGCCCUCUGAGCGGUCGGUGACGAUGGCGACAUCAGCGUCGUGCAAGCGUGACCUGCUCUCUCAGGUACUAACAGUCUUUAGCAGUAUAAAAACCACAGCUUCUGGAGCUGCCAACCACUAUUUAACCACUUUUUUAAACCCCCCCCCCCCCCCACCCCACCGUACUUCCUCUCAGGCAGAUUUAAUUGCAGACACAUGCUGCUGCUCAGUUUUAAAGGAUUAAAUCAGGUUGGAUUAACUAUGAUUGUGCUUUAUCAUGAGCUUCUUCACUGUUUUCCAGCAUUUUACUACAUCUAAACCAGGUCAAAACCACUUCAAGUUUCUUCUUCGUUGAAAGGCACUAUUUUCCUUGUGGGCAAAACCCAAAGACAACCAGCAGAAGUAUGCCUUAGGCAGGCUCACGCCCACAGGCAGUAGCUGGACAGCAUCUGAGGGCAGUGACAAAGCAGUUUUUUUUUUUUUUUUUCCAGUGUUCAAGAAACUAGCAACGUUACAUAUCAGGCUUCAGUAGGGCCAUGCACUGUUAAUCUUGUGAAGUAUUUAGUGAGUGGUUUACAUUUAAAAAAAUCACUUUUCUUACAUUUCUGAAUGUCUUCAGCAACAGGACUGAUUAGCUGGUUCUGUUUGGGUUUUAUGGGUCGGUGGAAAGUGCUGAUGUUUUAAGUUUGUGGUCUUUUAUGUCUCCUGUGUGUUUCUAAUUAAUAAACAGAAUGGAACCGUG